CUCAUUUGGGGGAGGAAGACCCCCAAAUUUGGUAGUCAAUUAAAUACAUGCGGGUCUGUUUAGCAUAGAGUACAGAAUGUUGCUGUUGGCUUGUUACUGUUAACUUUUUCUCUUUGAGACUUGUAGGUGUGACAGAAAUAAAAAUGAUAGCAAGGAUGGAAAAAGCUGGCGUUGGCUUUCCCUAACAAUCAGCUCUGCUGGAGGAAGGCAGGGCUUGUGCUUGCUGUACUGACUGCAGCAGAACCUGGCAAAGUUUUGGUCAUGACCCAGUUGAAGCAUAACAUUUUGUUGCACACGUUUUUGUUCGGUAUUUGAAAUAAAUUUGGCUUGCCUGGCCAAAAAGGUUCGCUAGAAACUGCAAGAGGCUAAAGAAAUGGGGAUGGUGAGCGUCCACAGACCAGUAUGACAGAAGCCUCAGCCUUGUGCCCAGGAUCUGGCAAGAGUAUGUCAUCAAAAAGUUAAACCUUAAAAAUGCUUCCAGCCGAGAGAGGAAAGCAGCAGAGCAAGAGGCACAGUUGUUAUCCCAGUUGAAGCACCCAAACAUAGUUGCCUACAGAGAGUCCUGGCAGGGGGAAGAUGGUCUGUUAUAUAUUGUUAUGGGCUUCUGUGAAGGAGGAGAUCUGUACCACAAACUCAAGGAGCAGAAGGGCAAACUUUUGCCAGAGAGUCAGGUGGUGGAAUGGUUUGUCCAGAUUGCAAUGGCAUUGCAGUAUUUACAUGAAAAGCACAUUCUGCACAGAGAUCUUAAAACUCAAAAUGUUUUUCUGACACGAACAAAUAUAAUCAAAGUGGGUGACCUGGGAAUAGCCAGAGUGUUGGAAAACCAAUACGACAUGGCCAGCACUCUCAUAGGCACACCGUACUACAUGAGCCCCGAACUCUUUUCUAACAAGCCCUACAAUUGCAAGUCUGAUGUUUGGGCAUUAGGCUGCUGCGUUUAUGAAAUGGCUACACUGAAACAUGCCUUUAAUGCUAAAGACAUGAACUCUUUGGUUUAUCGAAUUAUUGAAGGAAAGCUACCACCCAUGCCAAAGGAUUACAGCCCACAUUUGGUAGAAAUAAUACGAACCAUGCUCAGUAAAAACCCUGAGGAAAGGCCUAGUGUGAAAAGCAUACUAAGACACCCAUAUAUCAAGCACCAGAUUUCUUUGUUUUUGGAAGCCACGAAGGCGAAAGCAACCAAAAGUCAUAAGAAAACAGCAGAUUCUAAACUUAAAGAUCCUUGUUCUGUGGUCUCUGUAAAGAACGAAACUUGUAAGAGGAAUGUGACACCCGAAAACCAUUCCUUUGAUCAAGCCAGGAAAUACAAAGUUAAUGAAGACUGCAUCAUCAAACAUAAAGCCACCAAAUUUUGUGCCUCAGAGAAACCACCUGUUGAGUUGAAAACAAAACCAAGCAGUAAUGAUUCGAACAGCCUGGGAGAGUCUUUAGCUACGAUUAGUGAAGUGAAUAUUGAUAUCUUAACAUCUGAAAAGGGGAACUAUGGGAAGUGCAGCAGUGAGCAUAUUCCUGAGAAUAAUAAAGCAAAAUAUGUAAAUGUUCCAGGGAAUUCUAAAAUAACAUCUAGUAGUCCACCAAUUAAGGCUGAUGGACUACAGAAAAAAACAAAGCAAGCUUUUAAAGCAGAAAGUGUUGAGCCUAAGCCGUCGUCUCUUGCUGCUAUAGAAGAAGAUGAUGAUACUUUGAGACUCCUGCAGCCUGUAUCAGAAGACCAAAAGCAAACUGACCUGAAUUUGGAUUCUACUGAAAAACUACUAGCACCGUUUGUUCCUGUUGUAAUUCAAGAUGAUGUCUGUCAUGGCGCUUCAGGAGAUGCUCAGGAAAAAAUUACCUCUCAGUUACAGCCUCAUAGUUCUGCCCAUGAACCCUCUCUCUCACGGCAGCGACGGCAGAAGAAAAGAGAGCUAGCUGAAGUCUAUUCAGAAAAGUUCAGAGCAGCUGCUCAUCGGCCUUCACCUUUUCCUCCCAAUGUGAAUGCAAAGACAAUACAGAGAUGUGCAGAGGAGUAUUGUGCUGAAGUCUCUGAAUCUGUAAACAGCACCAAAAACAGUCAAGUUGCCGUUUCAAAGGAGCGGCCCUUGUCAGCAAGAGAACGAAGGCGGCUAAAACAGUCUCGGGAAGAGAUCUUUCCCUCUGUGAUUCCAGCAAGACGAACAGCAAAUAGUGCAGUAGUUGAAGGAAAAUCACAAAUGGAAAAUCAUGUUAAAGUUGCUCAGUCCUCAUCAGAUCCCAGUAUUUCUCAGAAAAACAGAGUAGCCCAUUGCCUUUCUGAUGAGGAGUUAAGCUCUUCCACAAGCUCUACAGAUAAGUCUGAUGGGGAUUCCAAGGAAAAAAAAAGCAGUAUGAAUGAAGUGAAUGACUUGGUGCAGCUAAUGACUUGGACACUGAAAAUGGACUCUAAGGAGAAUUCUGAACACUGUGUAGCCUCGACUCCGGCCCCAGAAUUUAAACUUCAUAGAAAAUACCGAGACACUUUGAAUUUGCAUGGAAAAUUGCCUGAUGAAUCAGAGGAAUUCAAAUUUCACGAGAUUCCUUCAGAUGUUUUAUCAGGUCCUGAAAAGAUUAGGAGAUUGGUUGAAAUCCUGAGAUCCGAUGUGGUGCAAGGAUUGGGAGUGAAACUUCUUGAGAAGGUGUACAGCAUUAUGGAAGAGGAAGAUGAAGUCAAAAGAGAGCUGCAGUUGCGGGAGCAUAUGGGAGCCAAGUACGCAUGUUACAGUGCGAAGGCACGCCAUCUGAAAUUUCUUGAAGAAAAUGUGAAGUUCUGACUGGAACCUUUUCCUUAGUAGUAAAGAGGACAGAGUUCUCUAUCUUGUUGGAUAGAUUGGACCAGCUUAAAAAGCAUGUUUAUCCAUUGACCUCCUCUGCUGGAUGGAUUUUCAAAAAACGUUAUAGUUUGUAGUAGUAUUUUUCAUGUUAAAGUGAAAACCAGGCUCUCACUUUUGUAGAAGAGAAACUGUUUAAUUUUUAUUCCCUUAAUGAAACUUUAAUUUUUUAAUAGAUGCAAAGAGAGAUGGAUACCAAGCUUUGUAUAAAAAGGAGUGUCAAAAAACAUGAUGGUUUAGUUUGAAUUUAUCAUAACAAAAGGUUUUUGUAUGGUGAUAUGCUAAAUAUGGUGAUAGAAUCUAUGCCAGGGCUAUGGCGUAGACUGAUAGACUGCAAGCUAUUACAUCAAACAGUUGUGGAGAGUUAGCAGGGAGAAACAACUAUUAAUUUCCAUGGCACCAAAAAGCCCUGGGGAUUCUUUAAGUAACUUGCUAAGUGCUGAAGGGAUGGUUGUAUUGCUUUUAAGCACAGUGAGCACUGCCUUUGGUUUUGAGUCGUAUUGCUAAGGCAGUCCCAAAGUUGGUGGAGAGCAUUUGGUAACUGGAUAAAGUAUGUCUGAAAGGAACACAGCCAUGGUUACCAUGGUCCCUGCUGGAGGAAUCCCUUUGCCUUACAAGUACUAAUUCCUUUCAGGAAUGAAAGUGCCCAAGACCAGGGCCACUCAGAGAGAUAGGUAUCUUAGCUUUUCUCUUUCCAUGCACCUGGAAUGUGUUGCUACACGAUACCUAAGCAUUGUCAAGUGAGAUCACUGUUGAAAAAACUCAUGUCCUUUUUAAAGGAUAAAAAUGAUAAAGGGAACUGAAUUUGUAAAACAAAGCUUUAGUCUCCCUUGUGAGUGGUGGAAGUUACAAUAUUUAAGCUAGAGAAAGGGAGAGAGGCAGGUCGUGGAAUUAAAGUGAUAGUGGUCAAAAGGUGCAAUAGCUAUGGAUCCUGCUGCCUAAUACACUAGAUGAUGAAGUUAUGAGGUUUCAAGAGUGGUUGUAUUAUGUAAAGCUGUUACUUUCUCUUCCCAUAUAAAUUUACUUUACACUAAAAAUGUCACUCUGCCCUAUCCUAUCCUGCAACAGUUUCCAGUUCUUAAGAUUUUUCAAAACUGUGUGGUGGGUACUGGUUUACAGGACUUGUUUCAGCCUGGCACUACUGACAGCUUCUUUUACGCAUGGUUAGAAAUACUUUUAUAGAAGUGUAGCUGUAUAUUGUCUUCCAGCUUAUGGCAAUAGCUUAAUUAUACUUUGAUUCCAGGGCAGUCUUCCUUUUCUGUAAA